AAUGAGGAGGGGAAAGACAUUCAGUGGGAAGCAGACGCUGCCAAUCGAGUGGGGAUGAAAAUUAGUUACGGCAUCUACCAAGUCCUAAAAGGAACUCCGUGCGCCAAGCGAUCAGGCUGCUUCGUGCAAUGUUACGCGUUAAAUUGUAUUCGCGCGUCUCUUUUUUAAAUUUCUUUAUCUAAGAAUUCAGUGCGCGAAAACAUUAUGGCUCAUGGUGUUAACGAUGUGAUUAGUGAAGGAAGUUCUGUGAAAAUGGUGAUUGGAAAGAAUCAGCAAAACGUUAGGAAAACAGUGGGUGUGAUGGGUAGUCGAAGGAUAUUCGCGCCAGCUUUCAAGUUGAAAGUAUUAGAUUCCUACAGAAAUGAUAUAGACUGUCGUGGUAAUCAGCGGGCAACUGCAAGAAAAUAUGGAAUUCAUCGAAGACAAAUACAAAAAUGGUUACAGUGCGAGGAUAAUUUACGUAGUAGUUGUCCCGAAUUGGGAACUACUGGUGGAAUUUUGAAACUAGAGGAAAAUACAAGAUCCGACAUUGCUUCAACAUCGCCGGCCUUGAACCUCAGUCUCGCCAGACUGCACGGCGACGAGUUGCCGAUUCCCCCACCUUCGCAUCCACCCUCUCGAAAUUCACCCCUCACAACUGAAUUCCAUGUUGGAUAUACGGAGGAUAUUGAAAAAAAAUAUUAUCCUGAAACUGGAUUUCGUGAAAUGUAUCAACUAUCCUAUCGAUAUGAGGAAUCAAAUUAUGAGAACGUGGAUACUGGAAUUACUCGUGCAGUACUGCACGCACCGGCGGAGAUAAAGGCGGAACGAGUGAGUCCAGACUCAGCGGCGACGCCAGGGAUGUACGAGAUGCCUGAAUCACCCAGUGCUUCGUUUUUACCACCUCAGACAACUACCAACUCACCGACUCACUUCGAACCAACACUACCCCUAUAUCCUUAUCAAACAGAUAAGGCACCUUGUUGCCAAGAGAAUACAAAGAUAGAAGGCGAGGUAGAAUUUAAAGAAGAUCAUCCCCCUCAUGAAGGCGAUUAUUCCGGACCUUCGAGUCCACAAGGUCCAGUUAGUUCCAGCCGAUCAACAAGCAGUUGCUCCGACAGUGAAUUGGACAGUACUUCCUAUCAACCCGGUGACCUAAAUAGAAGAAGAUCAUUUUCCCUGCUUUUUAAAAUUAACGUUCUCGAUGCUUUUCAUCGUGACGUUAUUGUCUCUGGUAAUCAGCGAGCAACUGCCAGAAAAUUUGGUAUAAAUCGUCGUCAAGUACAAAAAUGGCUAGGUCAAGAAAUGGAAUUAAGAGAGGAAAUUGCACGCCGCGGUGGAAAUUCACAACGUCUCGGCUCUAAUCCAAUUGAAGAAACCCCAGUGGAUCUUAGAGUCGCAGGACCAGUUUAUUGCUGCGAUACUGUUCCAUAUUUAUUACACGAAUCUGCAUCGUGCACAAUAUGCACUGAAAAUCCUCAAUACGAGACAACACAAGGGAAAUAUUAUUCCCCUGAAUUGGGAACGAAUCAGGAAUUUUCAUCAAAAAGAUCAGCAUCUAGUUUAUCAUGCUGUUAUCCAAUGACACCAUCUCCAAAAAAGCUUUGUUUGGAAUCGGAACUUCCACCACAGGAAACACCAUUGUGCCUAGUGAAACCAAAAAUUCCGGCACAAAUUGAACUUGUCACCAGUACAGUACAAUCUGCACCAGUUAUUUCUUCCACACCGUCUUCAAAGAAGGAUGCUAUUCUCUUCAAGCCUUAUUUGGAUAAUCCAAUCAGCAAACCCAACGACGAUUCAAAUCAUCAUCGUUCGAUGAUUAAUGGUAACAACAAUAAUAAUUGCCAGGGCAUUUGCAAUUUGAAUGAAGGCAGGGGCUACGAUUAUGCCCUUGAACUCAGUCUAAGGGUACCUGUCUCCUGGAGAACGCAGCACAGUUCCUACUGUGAUAUUCCUCACGUUAGGAGCGCCUUUGUUAGGUAUCCAGCGAGUCCUCAUUACACCUAAAUAGAAUUAAAAAGCAAUCAUAUCAGAAAUUAUAUUUCGAGCUUUAAUUUUCUAGAAUUUAGUCACAAAAAAAAGUCCACGUGUAAAAAUGGAGUUCUGCUAAUUCAGAAUUAUAAUAAUCAAAAUUAAAAAAAAAAUUACAUACCUCAUUAGAAAAGGCAAAAUAGAAAAAAGUUGUUUUAAUUUUCCCUUGGGAUUUAAUUAUUAUGAAACAAAUUCUAAUUUUAUUAAAUCGUUUUCAAAAAGGGCUCAACUCCCUAAAAACCGUAAGAAUCAUUUUCACUAUCAAUUGGUUAAGCGAAAAUGACACUUAUGCAUUCUUUACGAAAAAAUGGAAAAAAAAUUAAAACAAAUUUCAAUUUUAUAUUUUCCAUUUUAUUUGUUCGGGAUAAAUAUUUUUGUAUUCGGAAUAAAAAUUAAAUUCUUUUUUAUUUCUUUCUUAUCCAAACAAUUCUUAAAGAUUAGGAAAUACUUUUCUACUUUUCCUUUUUUAAUGAGUUUUGCAAAUUAUUGGUCAAGUUCUGAUUCUAUAAAUUUAUCUGGAUUCAUAUUUUUUUUUAAAUUUUAUAAAAUAACUAGAUAAUUCAUUUGUAUAACAAAAUUUUAAUUAUAGACAGAUAAAAUUCUCACAUUUUCUACUUUAUAAAUUCAAAUGCUUUUUAAAAAUUCAUUUUUAAUUUUUGUAAUUAAGUUUAUAUUUAAUUACAUUUUCAUUUCAAAAUUUAUUUAAAACAAAAUAUUUUUAAAUUAUUGUUUUUAAAUAUCUUUUUCUAAUAAAAAGCUGUAAUUAAUAAUU